AACUGUGGGAGCUGAGUCACUGCAGGGAGUGAACGAGAGGGGGAGGAGCAGAGAUCUGUUUCUGUUCAGAGGAAGUAAACCUGUUCUUCAGUCUCUGGCAGCAGCUGAAAUGGCGCAGAGAGAAUUUCAGCUGGAGCAGGAAACGUUCUCAUGUCCGAUCUGUCUGGAUCUACUGAAGGAUCCGGUGACUACUGGCUGUGGACACAGCUACUGUAAGAGCUCGGAGAAGCUCCAGGAGAACAUCUGCUCUCGUCACGACGAGGUGAUGAAGAUGUUCUGCCGCACUGAUCAGCAGUGUAUCUGUUAUCUCUGCUCUGUGGAGGAACAUAAAGACCACGACACAGUGUCAGCUGCAGCAGAAAGGACUGAGAGGCAGAGAGAGCUCGGGCUGAGGAGACAAACCAUCCAGCAGAGAGUCCAGGACACAGAGAAAGACGUGAAGCUGCUUCAACAGGAGGAGGAGGCCCUCAAUGGCUCUGCUGAUAAAGCAGUGGAGGACAGUGAGGAGAUCUUCACUGAGAUGAUCCGUCUGCUGGAGAGAAGAAGCUCUGAUGUGAAGCAGCAGAUCAGAUCCCAGCAGGAAACUGAAGUGAGUCGAGUCAGAGAGCUUCAGGAGAGACUGGAGCAGGAGAUCACUGAGCUGAAGAGGAAAGACCAGGAACUGAAGCUGCUCUCAGACACAGAGGAUCAAAACCAGUUUCUACACAACUACCUCUCACUGUCACCACUCAGUGGAUCUACACAAUCAUCCAGCAUCAGGAUCCGUCCUCUGAGGAACUUUGAGGACGUGACAGCAGCUGUGUCCCAGGUCAGAGGUCGACUACAGGACAUUCUGAGUGAGACAGAGACACAGAUUUUACAGAUUGAGUCUCAAGUGGAUGUUUUACUGCCACAACCAGAGCCAGAGACCAGAGCUGACUUCUUAAGAUAUUCACAGGAAAUCACACUGGAUCCAAACACAGCAAACAAAUAUCUGUUAUUAUCUGAGGGAAAAAGAAAAGUAACAAAUAUGUUCGAAGAUCAGUCUUAUUCUGAUCACCCAGACAGAUUCACUGAUUAUUACCAGGUCCUGAGUAGAGAGAGUCUGACUGGACGUUGUUACUGGGAGGUGGAGGUGGGAGCAGCAGUUGGUGUAGCAGUCGCAUACAAGAACAUCAGCAGAGCAGGAGACUCACUUGAAUGUGAAUUUGAAUGCAAUGAUAAAUCUUGGUCAUUAUAUUGUUGUAGAAACAGUAAUAUCUAUUUUUACAACAACAUCAUGACUCCAGUGUCAGGUCCUGUGUCCUCCAGAGUAGGAGUGUACCUGGAUCACAGUGCAGGUGUUCUGUCCUUCUACAGCGUCUCUGACACCAUGACUCUCCUCCACAGAGUCCAGACCACAUUCACUCAGCCUCUCUAUGCUGGAGUUAGGGUUUGGCCUGAAUCCACAGCUAAGUUCUGUAAACUCAAAAAGACUGGAGUUAUUAUAAAGCAGUGAUUUAGAUUUUGUGUGUAAAUCUUUAACUUCUUUUGUCUCCAUGUUGAUCAAAGUUCGUCGUGGUGACGUUUCUGCUCCGCACAGAGAUCAGCUGUCAAUCAUUCCUGACAGGCGGCACUAUGACGUCCUCUCAUUGGUCGUUGUGUUGAUGUUUCAGUUUGUUGAGCUGGACCCAUGUUGCAUCUCACUGCUCGUUGCUUUAAGCUGCAGAAGCUUGGGUGAAGCUUUCACAUUUCUCCUUGCAGAACAAGUGCAAUCUGAAAACUGAUGCACCACCACAAGAGGGCGCCUUUGUUUUGUGGACCACACCCUGUGGUUUGUGUUGUGCACACAACUUUCAUGUGUCAGGCUGGACUCUGUCACAGCCUGGCUCUAUGAAACAUUCUAACAUGUCUCUUUACCUUCAGCCGCGCUGCAGAGGUUAUCCAAAUGAAUCCUUUUCAACACGUGGCAUGAAAUUCAAAACUUCAGCUCUUCUUGGGUUUUUCAGAAUGAUGUGUGGGUGCAUGUCCCGUCCACUUGCCCAUGUGAAAACAUCUAUAGUGUGUGUUGUAGGAUAUAUCUUGUGUGUUAAAAUUACUGCAUUGUUUCAGUUUUCCAUCUUUUUUUUCUUCUGUUUCUGUUUUCAGUUGAAGAAUUGUUAAUGUGCUUAAUUGGUCUCUUUCUUGAAAAAGCAGUAAGUGUAUAGUCGGGGGACUUUGUUUUUAGGGCUGCAACUUAUUCAGUGAAUGAUUUCAUCGGUUCAAUCAAUCAAUAAAUCAAUCAAUCAAUAAAUCAAUCAAUCAGCUCCAUAGUACAAGACAGGGUUCCAUAAUGCUCAUGACUGUUUAGUUUACAGUUUUUGUGAAACAGAAGAAGGCCCCUCACCUUUGAGACGGUGGUACCAGAGGAUGUUUGACAUUUUUCUCUUGUGUAACUUCAUGUUCUGAUUUAUUGAUGUGAAAUUAUGUUUAAUAUAUAUUUCUAUUUGUAUCAUGUAAAUUGUGAUUGUAUUCACUUGUUAACUGUGUGCAUCAGUGGUAAUAAACUCAUGUUCAAUAUGGAUUUCGACUGCUCCUAAACGUUAAUGCAUCUGACGCUCGACUGUUCAGUUUAACAAAUAGUCCAAAGAAAUAUCUGAAUUGAUUAAUCAAUUUAAAAUGCUCAUGAUCAAUAAUCAAUAUUUACAAAUUGUUUGAAAAUAAGAACAUUGUAAAUCUUCACAUUCAAGAAGAUGAGUUAUGGAUUUGUGUUGUUUUAACAUCUUAAAUAAAAGAUCAUAUAAAAAACAUGUAUCAUCUAUAAUAAAAAAAGUAUAUUUGUAUCAUUUGAAUAAUCAAUAAACUCUCUAAUUGUU